AUGACAGUCAACGCGAGGCAGACUCUUGACGAUCAUGUGGUCCAGAACGCAGAGUUCGCCUUCACCUACUCUCUGGAAGAGGCUCGGGGCAAUGCAGCGCUCGAUGUUGAGGGCUCGCUGAGUCUAGACCUGGACAUCAUCAAUGCCACCGGCUCAGCCAAGCAUUUGAACAACAAGAAUUCAAGCACCAUCAUAAAACAACCGAUUGGCGGCACCGCUCAGGUGAACUUCUCAGAGGACGUCGAGUAUCUCGUCGAGAGCCUUAACGUCUCCUAUAGCGACGCAAUAGCCGAGAAUGUCUCCAAUCUCGACGAUGCUCGCCGCCUUCUUCCGCUAUCCAUUCUCGAUAUCACCUUGAGUCGCGAGAUCCGCCACCUCGACACCUUCCUCGUGACCAAGGCGGCCGCCGCCCUCAGACUCGGUGCCGCCACACGAUUUAAGCUGACAGAUCUGAUGGGGCACGACGUGUUCCAAACCUCGUUCCCGGAAAUCAAGCAGCAAAUCUCAAACGUGCAGACUGCCUUUGCCGUGGCUGAGACUGAAUUCACACAAGCGGCACGCCACUUGUUGCCCGGGCUGCGCGACGGCACCAUCGAAUACAAUGCCAAGACAUCUGAGCUCCGGCUAGCCGUCUCCGUCUUUGAUCAGCGCAUCAGAAUUGCCGAACAGUUCAUAGCAAAGAACGACAACGAGGCUUGCGGUCUCCAGGCAAGAGUCGCUUCCUUGCUCGCCGACGGCCUUGAGAGUCAUCUAACGGGACUUAAACCGCAGUCGCUAACCGCCCCUGCUGCGCCACGACGGGGGCUGUCGUUUGGCAGUGCUGCAAUAAACCGUGUCAAACACCCUCUACAAUCCAAGCUCGAAUCGCCCCCGACACCCCCAUCGCUGAAGUCGACGGCCAGAAAAUCCGUGCAGCUUGGUCUCAGGAGCGAGACAGCCACGAAGAGAUGGCCAUGCCGAGCACGGGCUUUGCCGUUCGCUUUCGUCCCCGGCCCAAUCUUCUCAAGGAAGGACGGCGCAUUUCCCCGCACAACGCCCAACGAGGCAUUUACCGAAGUCUAG